GAACCCGUGCUGCUUUUGCUACCCGCCGGUGUUGUCUCCUUCUGAAAACGGAGUGACGGCAGUGCUACACUCUUACCUUGCUUCACUGUUUUGGAUUUUGUUUUCACGAGAUUUUGGAUACAGUGACCGACUCCGUGCCGAGUGGUUCUUGAGUGUCGGCUAAAGAACUCGCGAAUCAUGGGUGAGAUGUGCGUGGACGACAUCGUCAGGGAUCAAGUGAUGGCUCUGCCGAGUGUUCUCAACUACAGAAUCUGGUCCUCAGGGCCAAGGAGUGCCCCCGGCUUGCCUAUCAGACGACACCAAACGAGCAAGUUGAGGAAGAACUUGUUUGGCCCCGUCGACCACAGCGAGAACUUGAGAUUCGUGCACGAGGAACUUGAGAAGAUCACGAAGGAGGAUUCCGAGCGCUGGAACUUCGACUUCAAGACCGAGCAGCCCAAGGAAGGCCGCUACGAGUGGGUGGCCGUCGGAGAAGGUGCCGCGAAGACGACUCCGGCGCCACAGCUCACCUGCCUCACUGCGAACAAUGUCAACGUGAAGUCCGUGAAGAGGCUGAGCGCAAGCCCGCCCUCCAAGAUGCGACAGAGACUCUGCACGGAUUACUUCAGACUCAACAAAGCGACGAAACCCAAAGGCAAGAGCGAACGCAAGACCGAAAAGGAGAUCGUCCCCUCGAGAACGCCCGAAAAGAGAAGUGCAGUGGCGAUUAGAUGAAAAAGAAGUCACAAUAAGUGGUUACUGGGAACACCAAACGGAAUGAGAACUACACGAAAAAGGAAAGAAAGGACGUGAUACAGCAAUGCAGUUUUUUUUACACAUUGCAUAUCAGAAUUUUCGUAAUGGUGUUGCCAAGAACAGCAAAAUAGAGCUUUAAUUCCACAAAACAUGAAUUUAUAAAAAAAAACGAAAAAAAUAACCAUCAAGUGCUUUAUCAAGUGAUAUUAGAUACUAAACUACAACAGAAAUUAAACAUUCGACGCCUGUAUAUGCCCUCAAACGCAAACGCAACCAGUUCUUCAAGAUUUACAAGAAACAAACCACACUAUAACAGGAAUAUAAAAUGACGUUUCUGGACUGUAUGAGACACCGCUCUUCUUUAAUGAACUUCUUUAAGCGAGAUGUUGAACAAGGCACGAGAGGAAAUGUUCAUAGUGUCUGUAAACUUCAUAUUCUGAAGCCCUUUUUUGGGGGGUUUUCUGAAGCCAGGCGACCUCACAGCUGAUCUCAUUUCAUAUUGUCGAAAAAUUGUGAAUACAAAUAUUUAUAGAUCUUUAUUUAUUGUACAUACAACUAAAUUGUUAUGUAUAAAAUUAUGUUUUGAAUAUAUAUUCGAAAUUA